GAUGGAUCGUUUCGUCGUACCCGUUUCUGUUCUCUUCUUUGCCUGGGCGCUCGUUAUUUCGCUGUUCCAGACCGAUCUCUAUUAUCCAGCUGCCUUUGUUAAAUUGCCCUUCGCUCUCUUACGGGACCGCUCUCUACAUCGAUCUCCGAGACCAUCGUAAUGAGAAGGGGAAACAAGUCGCAGCGGCGCGGCAAAACGGAUACACCACGAGACUGCGUACUAUGAAUCGAUCUAGGCCG